AAUGUUGAUUUGACCAGGGGCCGUUUGCCAGGUCCUGACCACCAGGGUGGGAGACAUCCUGAACAGUACCUGCAAUGAUGAUUGCAAGGCCAGGCUCAUCAUCCAGAAAGGAUUGGAUUCCGGUGCCAGGGAAAGGUUCCCUGACUCUCCGUGUCCCUCUUCACCCAAGGACGAAGAGGAGGUGCUUGUGAGUGCCAUGACUGUCUCAUACCCUAAACCCUCCACCUCAACCCAGGCAGCAUGGGCAGCUCCUGCCCAGACUCUGGACGUUUUUCUGCCCAGACCCUGCCUGGAUGAAGAAGAGGUAGUGCCCAGCUCCUCCUUGAAGGACAACUCUGUGACGACCACCCAUGCAGCACUGGCAGCUCCUUCCCAGACCCUGGAAGAAGAGGUGGGAGAAGCUGAGGUGUCCGAUGUGAAUGACAGCUCCUUGAUGCCCACCAAGGCUCUUGAGAAGAUUCCCUCCCUCCUACCAGGCAAGGUCCUUAUCGAGGAGGACACCCUCAGUUGCAGCACUCCCUGGGCCACCGUCAUGAGCCCCCAGACCCUGAAGUUUAUCCUCCAUGGCAUCAUGUGCCGACUGGAGGCCUCAGAGUCCCCCCAGACAAGGAGGGCCAAUGACCCCUUCAGGCUGAUGAAGGAUCUCUUUCUGGAGGUCCAGCAUGCCCUGAAGUAUGCUGACAUCUCUGUCCUCUUUGGCCUGGAGGAGAGCAUCCAAUUUAUUGGGGAGGAUGCGGUGAAGGCCAUCGUGAAGACUGCAGCUAAAAGAUUGUCCCUGCGUUCGGACUCCAACCGGGCUCAACUGCGUGCCGCGCGCUCUGGUGGUGAGGCAGCCAUCAGGUGCAUGGCGGACACCAUCACACAAGUCAUAGAUGACUAUUCCGAGGACUGGAGUUCCAGCGGCCAUUUUGGAGCCAGGAGGAGCCGUGCUAGUGGGAGGUCACACUCCUCAACCUCCUCAAGGAGUGACGUCACCCUCACCGAGGAGCUCCUGGCCCGGAGGGAAUACAUUGAAGAGGACCUAGAGGAGAUGGCUGAUGACAGCACUGGUUUGGAGAAGACCAUUGUAAGCUCAGCCAUCUCUGCCAAGUCCCAGACCUCGAGGACAUCACCUCCACACAUGUGA